AUUUGUUCCGUCUGAAAGCAAAAUCGAGUGCAUAUAGUCACUUCAAAUGAUGUCAGGGUGAUGAAAAAUGCACCGGACUAUCAUUGGCAACUUGUUUUGCUUCGUUGAUGUCGACGUUCGACCAGCUCAUCGAUGACCUGACACGGGACGCAAAACGCGUACGGCCCAACGAUGCACUGCAGUUCUGCUCAAAUUGGUUCCAGCAGCGGCUGGAGGAACAGCGGACACGGACCCGCGAUGUUCUGUCUCGUCGCUCGCGCGCAUUUUCGCGUGAACUCCCUAGCGAGCUGUACGUCGACACAACUUUUGGUUCCGGAUUGAUCCCAGAGACCGUCUCUCCGCUCGACACAGCGCCUCGCUCGUCGCUCGCUGGCAGGAACAGCGUCUCUUACAGUCCAUUUGGCACCCUCAACGUUCCCGGCAAUGCUUUGCUCGCCAACAACCCACCUGUCGUCCAAUUUAAUAUGACCCCGACGUCUCCCCUGACGACAUCGAUGCCUAACCUCUUCACGCAGUUUGAUGACGGCACCGUCGCCCAGCCCACCAAUCCAGGCGACUACCUCCAUCCACCCGUUCCUACUACCAUCUUUCAGCGGCGCACUUCCGUCUCAGCAGAGUCUAUUCCUGUCGACAGCUCUCCAGAUGAUCCGCUCCCUGUAUACCCCAAAACGCCAGACCAACUUCGUCGCAUCAAAGCAUCCAUCGCGAACAACUUUAUCUUCCGCGAUCUUGACGAGGAGCAGGAAACAGGCGUGCUCAGUGCUAUGCAGGAAAAGAAUACGGAAAAAGGAGAGGUGGUAAUACGCCAAGGGGACGUGGGCGACUACUUUUACGUCGUCGAGUCGGGUCUGCUAGAGUGCUUCAUCCGGUCUGAUCCUUUGCCCCCUGCAGGACUUCGUGCCUCAGAAGACAAGUUUCUCCAGCCUGGGUACCACCCUGAGUUUGGGAAACGUGUAGCAGAGUGCACACCGGGGACCUCGUUUGGAGAGCUGGCACUGAUGUAUGGUCAUCCUCGUGCUGCGACGGUCUUGUCUACUGAGCCUUCUACAUUAUGGGCACUGGACCGCAUCACCUUCCGGACUAUCAUAUUGAAGGUGGCUCAUCGGCGCCGCACGAUGUAUGAGCACUUUUUAUCAUCCGUGGCCCUCUUGUCAUCCCUAGACGCUGCUGAGCGCAGUAAAAUCGCUGAUGCGCUAGUCAGCAAAGUCUACACUGAUGGAGACGCCGUUGUCAGGCAGGGAGAGAUGGGAGACACGUUCUUUUUCAUCGAGGAGGGUGAAGCUGUUGUGACCAAAUCGCAAGAGGGCGAUAAUGGCCAAGUUCGCGAGUUUCAAGUGGGGCAUUUGAAAAAGGGAGAUUACUUUGGAGAGUUAUCACUUCUCCACUUGGCUCCUCGCGCUGCGACCGUCAGUGCAAUCAACCGCGGAGAUCAUACUCUUCCAAAGCUCAAAGUGGCGGCUUUGGACGCGCAGGCUUUCACUCGGCUUCUUGGGCCUCUUCGAGAUCUGAUGGAACGAAGGGCUGGCGAACAGUAUGGGUCUGGCGCAAGGUUGUCACACUAGAGAUUGGUAUGAAUUUUUGAAUGUGUCAAAGUGUUGUUUCUCAUCCUCGCUAUUCAUUGUAUCGUAUUCAAAUUCUGUUUUUAUAUUGCGUGUAUCAUCUUGCCGAGCUCUACACGUCUUGACUGAGAAGUCUACUUUGGUCCCUCUUUUCGAUCGCCUUCACUCCAUUAUUAACCAUCAUGAGCAGAAACAACAGAUACCGAGGAUCGUCCAAC